AAGGAUUGACGGCUAGAUCGCGGAUUGCUACAAAGGUUUGAAUUUCCGUUCGCUCGCUCGGUCGCAUCAGGUGUUGCCCUUUCCGUGAGCUACACACGGACGCACAUACUGACACGUGAUCGCUGAGCAGUGGUACACGGCAGUUCAACUCUUUUUCACUGGAAACGCAGAAGUCUGGUUUGGUAAACCAUGGCGGCAGUGACAAAUCAGCCCAUGCAGUGGAUGGCGGUGCCGGGAGCUAUCCCUGGAUGUCCGCCCGGCCUGGAGUAUCUGACUCAGCUGGACCAGCUCCUGGUACAGCAACAGGUGGAACUUCUCGAGGUUCUGGAAGCCACACUACCACAUCAUGAACGAGCGCAGGGAGAUGGUGUUCGACAUGUGGGGGCCGUGCUGCGCCUGGAGCGGGGCCUGCUGUACUUGUGACGUCGAUUUUACGGCCUACGGCAGUGACGGGCACACCGAGGUGGGGAAAGUCACCCGUCAGUUCGCUGGCUUCGCCAAGGAGAUGUUCACUGAUGCCACCAACUUCUCCGUCACGUUUCCCCAGGACCUGGAUGUCAAACUGAAGGCGACUAUGCUCGGUGCAUGUCUUCUGGUGGACUUCAUGUACUUUGAGGACCAGGACAAGGAAAAUAAUUAAUAGUGAUGAUGCACAGGAAGAGGCUGGGGCAAAGUGGAUGAUCAUGAAGACUGUAUAUUAGCGAAAACAUCUGGGCACUCUCUGUAGCAGAACCUUUACUUUUUAACAAGGACAAUGUGUAAUUUACAGAUGAUUUUAUAACAUUAUAUAAUGCUCUGUAAUUAUUCAUGGUAAAUAUGAUGUCAUAAUGCUUAUAGUGCACAUUCAAGAGUUUACAACUUUUGGUAGACCCCUGUUCUGAAGAUAGGAGGUACUGGUUUUGAAUAGUGUCAUCAAUAAGUACUUAUUACUAUAGUCUAAAGCUUUUAACAAAUUGCUGAGCUGACAGAACGUAACAACGGGUCCAUAGUGGGUUUAACGGCAAAAUCAACUCAUUAUACACAAAUGUACAUAAUUAGCUUAUUGCUCUCAACGUAACACUUUUGAUUCUUAGCAAAAUAUCUGAUUUAUUCAAUCAUAAAAAAAACUAUGAUGGCAAUCCUUGCUGUAUUUUAUACUCUAUUCACGUGUGCGAACACUCAAGAAAACGUAGGAAAGAAAGAAAGUAAUCAUCCUGCAUUUCAACGCCACAAAGCUUAAGCUUUUGAAAACGAAUAUUUGUUAGAUAUAUGGUCAUAGGGAAGUGCCAAAGUUUCAUUCUCAACAGUCUGGCACUAGCUGUUGUAUAUUCCGCUGCAUUGCAAUAGUAGUGAGAAGCUCUCGGUGUACAUUAUCUGAAAGCUGAUACAUAUAGAGACAACUCUCGACUGGUCAUUGAUACCAGUAGUUCAACAAAUGAGAAGAUUUUUGCAAGUCGUUAUAAAAUGUUCACAUUUCUUCCUUUCUGUCUGGUGUGUUUAUAUUUGAACCUUUGUGGACGUAGCAAUUGGCCCAAUGGAAAGGUUUGGAAAAUGUGUGUUUUAGCUUACAUUGAUACAUCUAUGUCUCAAAUAAAUGAUUUUGGACUAUG